AUGUCUGCUCCGGCUAGUCCUUCGAGUUCACCAAACCUAACACCUGAGUACAUCGCCUUCACUAACGCUCAUGUUCUGUUGGCGCAAGCCGGGUCGGUUUUCGCCAUCGCAGCAUUAGUCGUCAUCUUGAGGAUUUAUGUCCGGCUACGCAUGGUCAGGUCCUUUGGAAAUGAUGACUGGACGAUGGUCCUAGCCAUGUUACUUGCAACGGGUACAUUUGUAUGCUACGUGCUUGAAGUACCUCUUGGUCUGGGCAAGCACAUAGCAGUUAUACGGAUGGACAUGGAUCGGUACCGGGAGUUACUGAAAGUACGGCUGGUACACAUGAUAUGCGUCACAGUCGGGCAGUGCAUCGUCAAGAUCUCGGUCGGCCUUUUUCUCCUGCGGCUUGUCGUACGGCGACUGCAUACCUGGUUCUUAUACAGCGUGAUCGUAUUCCUGAUGGCUUUCACCGUUGUCUCGUUCUGCACACUGGGUAACAUUAUCAACAUCUUAACUGAUUUCCUCCUCGCCUUGUUACCAGUACCUCUCAUAUGGCAGCUACAAUUGAACCUGAGGACCAAAAUUUCGCUCAUUCUUGUUCUCUCGCUCGGUCUGUUCGCCUGCGUCGCCGGUAUCAUGAAAGUUCGCCUCAACAAGACUAUCCUGUCUGAUCCAAACCGAUUCAUCUACGACGGAUACUCUAUGUGGAACUUUAUUGAACUAGAUGUGGGAAUAAUAGCAGGUUCGCUGCCUGCAAUAAAACCACUGUUCAACAGAUUCCUAGAUGCAGCUCGAGGUUUAACAAGUGGCCGCGAGAAGUCGUCAGUGUCAGGUGGUCGGAAUGUGUCGGGAUACCAGAAGCAUGCUCAGCAGUCCGAUCGCGAUAUCGCUUUGGUGGACUACAGGAAUGCUCCAAGUCCAUCUGUUAGGAUAUCAGCACAUGCGCCAACCUCUGCAGAGAAAGUGGUCUGGAGAAUGGAAGGAGCGAGCAGCAGUGAGGACAGCAUUCUAAUCCAUCAUGACUUGAACAGCACACCAAACGCCAUUCUGGUGACAAAAGAUGUUCAUAUCAGUUAG